AUGAAGAUCUCCGCAGCUGCCCUCACUGUCCUUGCCGCCGUUACCCUCUGCAUCCCUGCAACUGCCUCUCCAUAUGCCUCAGACACCACACCCUGCUGCUUUGCCUACAUCGCCCGAGCACUGCCCCGUGCCCACAUCCAGGAGUAUUUCUACACCAGCGGCAAAUGCACCAACCCAGCAGUUGUCUUUGUCACCCGAAAGCACCGCCAGGUGUGUGCCAACCCAGAGAAGAAAUGGGUGAAAGAGUACAUCAACUCUUUGGAGAUGAGCUAG